AUGGUCAUUUAUCCUGCGGUCAUGUUUCAUGUGGCGCACUCGCUUCGAAAAUUUUUGCACAACAACCCUAAUCCCCAGAAUGUUCUCAGCUUUAUCGGACGCCUUCAGCAGCUACGGUCCUGUACUCACUCGCAAGUUAGGUUUUAUUUCCUCAGUACGCGGAAUGAAUUAAAAGACGCCAAAAGGAUAGUGAUCAAAUUGGGUAGUGCAGUGGUGACAAAACCGGGUCGAAACGGUCUUGCGCUUGGACGCCUGUCGACGAUUGUUGAACAAAUAGCUGACCUGUGUCAUGAGGGCCGUCAAUGUACGCUUGUCACCAGUGGUGCAGUCGCGAUUGGGGUGCGUCGACUGGAUACGAACUCUGGGACUAGCAGCCGAGGUGCUCGGGCUGCUGUUGGCAUGACUGAACUGGUUUCUGUUUACAGUCAAUUAUUUGAGCAUUGUGGCUUACGAUCAGCUGUGAUGCUUUUGACACCCGUAGACUUCGACGAUGUGCGGCGUCGAGAAUAUUGGACCAAGGCUCUCACAGAUUUGAUGGAUCAGGGCGUUGUUCCCAUUAUAAACGCCAACGAUUCAGUAGCCUGGGUUGAAGAAGCCAACAGUUCGCUACCGAAUCCUUCGAAAGCUCCACUCUUGCGGGACAAUGACAGCUUAGCUGCACGUUUGGCUUGCCUAGUGGGGUCCGAUUUGCUGUUUCUGGUUUCUGACGUAGACGGAGUUUACACUGCCCCACCAGACAGUCAAGGCGCACGGUUCCUCUCAGAAUAUGCAAUAAACCGUAACGGAGACACCGUGGACUGCAUGAAUGGAGGCAAUGUGAAAUUUGGCAGCUGCUCAAAGGUGGGAACAGGGGGCAUGCAAAGCAAAGUCGCGUCGGCUGUGUGGGCCGUGCGUCAGGGAACAUCUGUGGUUAUCUGUCACGGGAACAGACCGAACUGCAUUACGGAUGUGAUACGUGGUGCCCCGGUUGGUACAUUCUUCACAAUGCGGCAAUCCGAGGACAGCAGUUUGAAAACCCAGGGAGUUAAUUCCAAUGCAGAACAAGUGGCUCGUGAUGCUCGUCUAGCAAGCGUAGAUCUGCAUGCCGCCCCAAGUGAACUUCGUUCGAAAGCUAUUGACACUCUGUCGGAGCUAAUUAUGUCAAAUCAGGCGGAAAUUUUAUCGGAAAACACGAACGAUAUUCGUGCAGCUGAACAAACUGGCAUUCCAGUAGCCUCAAAAGCUAGAUUACAACUGAGCCCUGGGAAACUUCAAACACUCAGUACUGGACUCAGACAAAUCGCAACGCAGACUCGUGAGAAAAAGGGGCAUGUGGGUUGCUUGUUGGAACGGACGAGACUCGCAGAAAACCUUGUGUUGGACAAGGUUACUGCACCUAUUGGGGUCCUGAUGGUGAUAUUCGAAUCUAGACCGGACUGUCUCCCUCAGAUUGCGGCCUUGUCCAUCGCAACUGCAAAUGGGCUGAUAGCCAAGCCUGGAUCGGAAGCAUUGAGGAGUGUUCGCGUUCUCCAUAAGCUCAUCAAACAAGCACUCACGGAAUCUGGACUGCCAGAAACAUCAAUUGGUUUGCUUGAAGGUCGACAAGAUGUGCAGCGUGUGUUAGGAGCUGGGACAACAGAACCGCUGGUGGAUUUGAUCAUUCCCCGGGGAAGUUCACAAAUGAUCCAGACUGUUAGGACGGCUGUGAACGAAGCCGGAACAGGAGUUCCAGUUCUUGGACAUGGUUCUGGUGUAUGUCACGUGUAUGUUGAUGAAUGUGCUGACCCAGAAAAGGCAAUACGAAUAGGUGAGAAUCAAUUCGGCAUAUGUGUUCUAACGAUUGUUUUUGAAGUUUUUAUAUGA